AUGGCAUCGAGCUCAAUACCAAAAAAGAUCAGAAAUGCUGGAAUCCUUAUUAUAGGAGACGAGGUUUUGAAUGGAAAGAUUCUCGAUACUAAUUCGUACAAUUUUGCUCGCUUCUGCUUCAACCAAUUAUCGAUCCCAUUAAAGAGAACAAUUGUUUGCGGUGACGAUGAAGCUGACAUUAAACAAUCUUUGGAUGUAUUGUUGAAGCAGGAUAAUCUUGAUUUUGUUGUCACAUCGGGUGGGUUAGGAAGCACUCAUGACGAUAUAACGUAUGAAGUGUUGGCGGAUUAUUUUGGGUUGGAUUACAAGAUUGACGACCAGGUUGUCGAGAGAAUGAAGUCUCUUCGCGGAGAUUAUUUGACAAAAUUGGAUAAAGAUCAAUUAAGUGCGUUUUACAGAAUGGCAACAUUACCCACAUCUAGAGCUGGGUGCAAAAUUAGCACAAACAACUUAUUCUUUGACGAUAGUCUUUGGUUCCCAAUUCUUGAGAUUGACGAGCGUGUUUAUGUCUUGCCCGGUGUUCCGCAAUUAUUCACUAGACUCUUAAAUGAUAUGAAGCAGCACUUGCAAAAUCGAGUAACUUCGUUAAAGCUUAGUCGCAGAUAUGUAGUUACAAAAUCAGGCGAGACACAGAUUGCUCCAUUUUUAACAAAGCUUCAACAAGAAUGUAAUGCCACAUAUGGAAACGGUACUAUCAAGCUAGGAAGCUACCCGCACAUGGAGCUGAAAAUGAAUACCAUUAGUGUUGUGGGUAAAAAUGAUACCCCUGGGGAUAGCUUGGAUGAUGUAAUUACACAAUUACUUGAGAAUAUCGGAGGCGAGGCAAAAGAGAUCUCACAGGCAGAGGAGGAUCAAUUGAAAUGA